CCAAUAGGUGGCUCUAGUCGUGCUACAGGUGUUCGCACGUGCUGAGAUAGUGUAUAUACGUGUCAUUCAGGCGACACAGGUAAAGCCGUGCACACGUGAAUUUUGAUAGAGAGAGUUUUCGGUAUACAGAUGGAGGGCAGUGGUGCGAAUACUGCUAGCAGUGUUACGUUAAGUGACAUUUUUCAACAAUUACAGAGUCAGAAAUGUGAAAUGAAAGAAAUUCAAAAGCUGAAAGAGGACAAAGGUAUUACCUGGAAAGGUGAGGGGAAUAAGCAGCAGUAUAUGUUCAAUACGGACCUGUUGGAGGAAGUGAAUCAAGCGCGGUGGGCUAUUGAAAAUAAGAAGGAAGAAUACUGCUCUGAAAUUUUGAGUCGAGUGGUUGACAAAAUUACCAAAAGGAACAAACUAAUAAGAAUAGCAGAUAGUUCUGAGGCAGGGUGGGGGACAGUCAAAGAGUAUAUGGCCAAUCCUCUUGCUAGUGAUUCUGACGACGACAAGAAAAUUUCACGCGCCGAGAAUAAGGCUGUGAAAAGGUUAAAGGAUAAGCAGAAAAAGAAGAAAGACGUUUUUCUCAACAGACAGAGGUCAAAGUAUGGAUAUCAAGGUCCUAGUUUUGCGGCGGGAGCUCCGGGUCAGGUUUCUACUUCUGUGCGGCAUUCUGAUGGGAAUCAGCUUUUUCGUGGCCAGCGGGGAAACCAGGGAGCCUGUUUUGCAUGUGGGGAUUUCCGACACUUCAGGAAAGAUUGUCCAAUCGUUAACAAAUCAGCGGGACAGUCCAGGACUGGGACAUAAGGACACAGAGACUCGAGAGGCUCAAGUUAUCAAAGAUAAGUAUAGUUUAUCAAAUAGUGAUUAUACAGGAGCCUGUGCUAGUACAGAAUUUACUAACGACUAUUUUGAAUACGAACAAGGUCAGGCUGACAUUUUAGUAAAAAGCAGAUUAAAAAAUAAUGUUGAAUUUUGGAAGAAUAUUGGAUGUUCUGAGUUUGUGUUGGACGUGAUUGAUAACGGUUAUAAAAUUCCAUUUUAUUCCGAACCAGAACAAGCAGAAUUUAAAAAUAACGUGUCAGCGUUGAAAAAUGCCGAGUUUGUGGAGAAAGCUAUUUUCGAUCUAGAGAAACGUAAAUUGAUAGAAAGAUGUGAGGAACCCCCAUAUAUGACAAAUCCAUUAACUGUAUCGAUUCAAUGCAAUGGCAAAAAGCGUUUAAUUUUGGAUUUAAGGGAGGUUAAUAAACAUUUGUGGAAACAAUCCGUGAAAUAUGACGAUCUACGUACAGCUUUGUUGUAUAUAGAGAAACAUGGGUGGUUGAUAAAAUUCGAUAUACAUUCGGCGUAUCAUCACAUAGAUAUUUAUCCUCCCCACACCAAAUUUCUUGGUUUUUCGUGGACUUUUGGUUCUAAAAAAGUAUAUUUUAAGUUCUUGGUGUUACCCUUUGGUCUGUCUACAGCGCCAUAUAUUUUUACUAAAGUCACUAGACCGCUCAUUAAGAAGUGGAGAGGUGAGGGUCUACAAAUUUUGAUGUAUUUGGAUGACGGAUUGUGUCAUAACACUGAUAAGUUUGAAUUAGUAGAACAGAGUGCAAAAGUUAAAAGUGACAUUAUAGAUUCAGGUUUUGUGCCAAAAGCAGACAAAUCUAUGUGGGAUCCUGUACAAUUCAUGACUUUUCUCGGUGUAGAUAUUAAUACUUUAUUAGGAAUUCUUUGCAUUCCGGAGAGACGGGUAGAGAAAGCACGUAUGUGUGUUAUUGACAUAUUAAAAGUUGUGUACAGUGGCAGGUCUGUUCAUGUCAAAUCUCUAGCGAGUUUUGUUGGUCAAAUUAUGUCGAUGAGUAUAGUUUUGGGCAAUAUUACUCAGCUGAUGACUAAAUGUGUCAGUAUGAGUAUUUUAAAAGCCCAGUCGUGGAAUGAUAGAAUUUUUGUGGAUGAUAAUACUAUAGCUCAGAUGGAAUUUUGGAUUAAUCACAUUAAUUGUAUUAAUUCUAGAGAAAUCCAGUUUUCCCCACAGUGCAAUAGAAUAGUAUAUUCUGAUGCCAGCGGCACAGGGUACGGUGGGUAUUGCGUCGAGUCACCGGUGGGCGUGGCACACGGUGUGUGGACUGAGAACGAGGCGUGUCAAAGUUCAACUUUCAGAGAGUUGAUAGCUGUAUAUCGAGUGUUGUGUUCACUUGUUCAUGUACUGAGAGGGACCAGGGUGAAAUGGUUUUCAGAUAACCAGGGUGUGGUGGCGAUCGUAGAGAAAGGAAGCAUGAAAGCAUCUUUGCAAAAUAUAGCACUUGAUAUUUUUGUGCUUAUGAUACAAAAUCAGAUAUCAUUAGAAAUGGAAUGGGUUCCUAGAGAAGAAAAUGUUUGUGCUGAUUUUAUCAGCAAAAUUGUCGAUGUUGACGACUGGGGUGUGUCUGAAAAUGUUUUUCAGUUGUUUAAUGACAUGUGGGGUCCUUUUGAUGUGGAUUGGUUUGCUUCCUGGUAUAAUAGGAAGGUGCCUAUAUUUUAUUCUAGGUAUUGGAAUCCAGGGUCUGUAGGCAUUGAUGCAUUUUCAACAAGUUGGACUGGGAAAAACGGUUGGUUUGUUCCACCAGUGUAUCUAAUAUCAAGAGUUAUUAGGUAUAUGCAAAUGUGCAAAGCGUAUGGCACGCUAGUCAUUCCUUUUUGGAAGUCUGGUAGGUUUUGGCCAUGCUUGUGUCCGGACGGACACCAUUUCAUAGCAGGUGUUAAUGAAUACAGGUUUUUACAAAGAGAAAAAUGUUUUUAUACAUCAUCUAGAUCGGGGAAAGGCAUGUUUGGAAAUGCAGAUCUAACAUUCCCGAUGAUUGCGUUACGUAUUGAUUUUCGGUAGUGGUUUAAUAGAUAAACUGAAUUUAAGUGAGAAAUGUAGCAUAGA